AUGGCGUUGACUUCUACAACAGUCAUUGAGUACAAAAGUUGACCUUAGCAUUACUGGAAUAAUCUCACUUUAACGUUUGCUUUACUUCUUCCAUAAUUAGUAGAAAUCGAUUCCUCGAAAACGAAGCAUUCCCAAUUGUUAAUAUGGUCUUCUGUGAUGAAAAUAAAGUGCUAUAUGGACCCAGUAGCCUUAAUAAAUUACCUUUAGUAUCCACUGGAAAACUGUUGUUCGAAAAAAUAAAAAAUGCUCCAAAAAAGAAGGCAGCAUUGAUAAAUGAACCAUCAGGUGUUCAAAUGAAUUAUGAGGAUUUGUUAAUACAGAGCGUAAAAUUGGCAAAAUAUUUCCAAAAUGUAGGUGUACAUGAAGGGGAUACAAUCUCGGUUAUAAGUGAAAACACCACCAAAUUUGUAAUUCCUGUUUUGGCAGCACUUUAUCAGGGUGUAGCAGUUAACUGUCUAAGUCAUACGUACACAACAGGAGAAUUCGCAAGAUUAUUGAAUCAUACAAAACCGAAGCUAAUAUUUUGUUCAGAAAUAGUUCAACUAAAACUUAAGCCGUUACGUGAAAGAGCACCUUACAUUAAUGAAAUUAUUACCUUUGGAGAAAUUCCAUAUGAGGGAAUGCUAGAGCAAAUAUUACUUCAAGUGACCGAUAAUGAUAUCGACAGCUUUCAACCUAAAGAUGUUAAUCCUUACGAUACUAUCGCUUUAAUUUUAACAUCUUCUGGAACUACAGGUCUUCCAAAAAGCGUUCUUCUUCCUCACAUUUGUUCAAGACAAUCAUUCAUUUUCAUGAGCGAUAAAGAUUAUGGCCAUAUGAAUUCAAAUGAUAUAUCAUCACUUGUGGUACCUGUGACCCAUCCAUUUGGUUUAAUAUUACUCACAUCUGUGUUGUAUACCAACUCCACAGCCGUCAUUAUGGGCAAAUUUCAACCAGAAUGCUACUUGAAUGCAAUACAGAAGCAUAAAAUUACCAAACUUUACGUGGUACCGACUAUAAUGAACCUUCUUGCUAAAUCCGACUUAUUGGAAAAUUAUAACUUGGAAAGUGUCUGUGAUAUAGUUUGUGCAGGAGCACCACUGUCGGUCAACAUAUCAAAAGUUGUAAAAGAAAGGUUCAAAUUUGCCAAAGUGAGGCAAAUGUACGGCCUCACCGAACUUGGCACAGGUGCUUCGAUGCAGCUGUGGAACAAUCAGAAAAUCUUAUCAAGCGUGGGUAAACUUAUUCAUGAUUUGGAAGGUAAAAUAUGGGAUCGAGAACGAAAUGUAGCGCUGGGGCCUUAUCAGAAAGGGGAACUUUUAAUAAAAGGUCCUAUAUCAAUGAAAGGAUACAUAGAUAAUAAGGAAGAAACGGAUGCAGCCUUCGAUGAUGAGGGUUUUUUACGAACAGGAGAUGCAGCUUAUUAUGAUGAUGAUGGGAACAUUUAUAUUGUUGAUAGAUUCAAGGAACUUAUCAAAUACAAAGGUUUUCAGGUAGCUCCUGCUGAAAUAGAAUCACUUCUAUUAAAAAAUCCAAAUGUUAGGGAAUGUGCAGUCGUUCCCAAACCUGAUGAAAAAGCAGGAGAAGUUCCAAUAGCUUUUGUAGUUAAACAAGGAUCAAACGUUACCGAACGCGAACUAGUACAAGAAGUUAAUGAACAAUUGUCAAUAAACAAAAGACUGUAUGGUGGGAUUGUGUUUGUUGAUGAACUACCGAAAAACAGCUUCGGAAAGAUAUUAAGGAAUUCUUUAAAAUUGCAAGCUGCUUCUUACUGUAAAUAAUAGACGCACUAUUGUUGAUCUACUAAUAAAUUAUUUUAUAUUGAAAGUACCAUUUUCUGUAUAAGAAAUAGGAAUAAUUAUUAUAAUUUUGCAUUAAGCAAAGCA